AUGAAUCUGUUGCUGUCUUCUUCUUCGAGUGCCUCCCUUUCUACAUGUUCUCUGCCUUUGUUCCCUUCAUGUAAAUUCCAUUUCGGUCGAGACCUAAAACCCAAUUUCCGCAUCAAAUCUCAUCUCUCCCCUCCAACGUGCGGUAUAGAAAAGUCCCUAUUUUGGGGCAACAGUUUGCUUGAAGAUGGAAUUUGUUCGAAUGGUUCUGCGAGGAGAAGUCGUGUUCAGAUUGAACCGGUGAGAGCUGCAGUGAAGAGGCGAAAGGAGCGUCCUUUCGAUGAAGUGGUGCAAAGGGAUAAAAAGCUGAAAUUGGUGCUCAAGAUAAGGAAGAUUCUAGUGAGCCAGCCCGAUAGAAUUAUGGCGCUGAGGGAAAUGGGUAGGUUCAGGAAGGAGCUGGGUUUGAAUAAGAAGCGUAGGUUCAUUGCCCUGUUGAAGAAAUUCCCUGCCGUGUUUGAGAUUGUGGAGGAAGGCGCUUAUUUGUUGCAGUUCAGAUUGACUGCUGAGGCAGAGAGGCUGUAUUUUGAGGAGCUGAAGGUUAGGAACGAAAUGGAGGACCUGCUGGUUGUGAAGUUGAGAAAAUUGUUGAUGAUGUCUCUGGAAAAGAGGAUCUUGCUGGAGAAAAUUGCACAUCUGAAGACUGAUUUAGGACUUCCACUAGAAUUUCGUGAUACGAUUUGCCGUAGGUACCCACAGUACUUCAUAGUUGUUCCAACCGAGCGGGGGCCUGCAUUGGAACUAACUCACUGGGAUCCAGAGCUUGCUGUAUCGGCUUGGGAGUUAUCUGCUGAGGAGAAGCGGGCUAAAGAGCUUGAAGAGAAGGAUUUAAUCAUCGAUAGACCGCUCAAGUUCAAUCGACCUAAGUUGCCCAGGGGCUUGCAGCUUUCAAGAGGCGAGUUGAAAAAGAUAAACAGGUUCAAUGAGAUCCCUUACAUCUCGCCUUAUGCCGAUUUCUCCCACUUGAGGUCGGGCACAACCGAGAAGGAGAAACAUGCUUGUGGGGUCGUUCAUGAGCUCUUGAGCCUGACUGUGGAGAAGAAGACUUUGGUGGAUCACCUCACCCAUUUUAGGGAGGAGUUCAGAUUCUCCCAGCAGGUACGCGGGAUGAUAAUAAGGCACCCUGAUCUUUUCUAUGUGUCUUUGAAAGGUGACAGAGACUCGGUGUUUCUAAGGGAAGCAUACAAUAACUCUCACUUGAUAGACAAGGACAGAAUGUUGCUAAUCAAGGAGAAGCUUAGGUCUCUUGUGAAUGUUCCUAGAUUUGCUAGGCGGGGUGAGACUAGAGAAGACGGUGGUGGUGGUGAAGAGAAAACUGAUGAUGAUAUGCAAGGAGGUGUAAGUGGCGAGGAAGGUGAAGAUUGGUCCGACAUCGACAGUUUCCUGGACGAUGGAGACGACGACUCUGAAGAUGAUUGGAGUGAUGAAGAGGACGAGACAAUACCACCGGAUUUCGAUGAAGAUGGUGAUGAGGCCAUGAUGUUGAAGAUCAAUGUAGGUAAGACACUCAGCCGGCCAGCACGUAGCAGCUCAGGCAGAGAUGAGGAUAAGCCAUUGUCCCCCAUGCUCCCUGAUGGCCGGCCAAGGGAACGUUGGUAA